CAGGAACCCUCUGCAGCUGCGGGGCGGCGUGCCUGGGCUUCGCGCUGUUCCUCGCGGUGCUGUACGCGCUGCUGGCGCUGGUCGCCAGGAAACGGGGAGUGGUCUCACACGCCAGUGACUUUCCUGGGGUCGGCGAAUUAUCGGGCCCGAGCCGGAGGGCACGACGGUCAUGACGCUCACCAACAACGAGUGGGCCGACGGCGUCAUAUUCUGCCGGGGGCCGAUCGAGGGCAGCAUGGCCAAGGUUUACCUGGACAGGGACAUGAGGCAGCCCGUGGUGGGCUCGGAGUACGACGUCUCCGACCCCGCCAGCAAGGCCGCCCAGCAGUGGGGCGAGGGCGUGCCCGGCGGCUGCACGCUGGCGCUGGGGCUCAGCCGGGGAUCGAGCACCACCCUGUACAUCGCAGGGACGGGCACGUGGCCGAGCGGCGCCUGCUGGUUCCAGGACGUGGAGUCCAACGGCCGGGCCUCCCUGGCAAAGGGGCCGCAGUACAUGAGCCAGGUGGAGUUCACCAUCGACAAGAGCGGCGAGGGCGCCGUCUGGUACGACAUGUCCUCCGUGGAGGGCGUCUCCGGGGGCAUCACGAUGAACUACACAGACAGCUCUGGCAACGCCCAGACCGACGUCGCCGUGCCCGGGAGGUUUUCGGGCUCCGGGCUGGAGGUAGUGCCCGCACCUGGCAUAGGCUUCCCGACCGUCCUCUCCGAUAAGAACGCGCUGGGGCCGUGUGAAUGUCAGACUUUCUCGCCUUCCUCCAAGAGCUGCAACACUGACGCCUGCUUUGCUGGCUGCCCAGGCCCGCUAGUGGACAAUCCCUGCGGACAGCAUCGCUGCAGAGCGUGGUAUGCCAAGCGGUACGAGGACCCCGACAGCUACUGCGGCUGGCUGUACGCGGAGGGCGCGCAGACGUACUGCUGGGCCAUGGACGAGUGGAAGUGCGUGGACGCCGACUGCGGCUAUGGUGGCAAAGACCAGCCGAGCAAGGAUUGCAGUUCGAGCUACCCCAAGGACGCCGCCGCGAACACCUACAGCUGCGGCCACGGGGGCGCAAUGCCCGGCCCCAACGGCACGCAGUGGUGGACCUCGGGCGCGGGGUGCGAAGACAAGCUCGUCGGGGGUGUGCCGACGAACCCUGCGCCGCCCAGGCAUGGUGGCCGCAUAGCCAUCAGCUUCGAGAAUCUGCCUUGGCUGCACGAGUGAUGUGUGGUGAAAAGUUGCGGCUUUCAGACGCCGUUACUGCUCUCCAUCUCGAUCCUUGAUCUCUUUCUCCCUCCC